AUGAAUAUUUUGAUAUCACUACUUCUUCCAAUAUUAUCAUCGUAUCCGGUGAUUAUCAGUGCCAUACAGCAACAAAAUUCACCUGGCAGGCCAAUUCCAUCAUUUUUACAAUGUGGAAAUUAUAUGUUUAAUAAUGAAACUUUAGGAAGAGUUGAUUCAAUUGAUUAUAAUCCGCUUUUACGAUCAGAUGGACAUUUCGGCUAUCCGGGCCUUAAAAUACGAUUCAACAGGAAUGCAUUCAGUUAUGGUAGUUCAAUAAUUGCUCAAAUGUUAAAUCAACAAAUACGGAAUAUUCGAAUACCAUCAUUCACUCAAUGUCUACCGGAAGUUAGUGGAUGCGCCUAUCUGACAAAUAUUUUGGUGACAAAUUAUCAGUGUGCUCAACGUGUCGCAUUAUUUCCAAUUUCACAUAAUGAAAUUGCUCUUAAUAUUCAAAAUUUUGACCUAAGUCUAAGUGGACAACUUGGUGGACAAAUUGUUGUUUUAUUACCUUUACCACUUUGUGGAACAUUAUGCAUUGAUGCUAGACAGAUAUCAGUUUCACUACAAUUAGCAAUUGAACGAAAUGUGUACAAUAGCGCCGCAUAUAUUCGUAUGACAAAAUGUUCAUUAACAAUUGGUUAUUUAAAUAUACAUAUUGUUAAUGGUGGAUUAAUUGGUGAAGUUAUUAAUAACAAUUUUCGGAAUAAAAUUUUAUCACAAGCAUAUGCAGCAUUGCCAGAAAAAUUUUGCAAUAUGAUACAACCAUUGAUUGAUGAGCAUAUAAAUUCUCGACUAAUUAAUAUGCCACAAAGAUUUCAAUUGCACAAAUGA